AUGACUGAGUAUAAGCUUGUUGUGGUGGGUGCUGGAGGUGUGGGGAAGAGUGCCUUAACUAUCCAACUCAUCCAGAAUCACUUUGUGGAUGAAUACGACCCCACCAUCGAGGUGAAUUGCAGGUGUUUGUCUGUAUGUGUGAAUCUUAAAGGGCAACCUCAUAUCUCCAACCCCAAACCAGUGUCUACAUAUGUGGAAAACAGCACGUUUCUAUGAUCUGUAGUUAAAAAGGAUAAGAAGGGUUCCUAAAAAAAGGAUGUUAUUUUUGUUGCUCAAAUCAAUGUUUAAAAAAAACUUUUGAUGUCAUUGGGUCUUAUCUUUCUUUUUUUCGUAGAAAUGUGCUGUUUUCCGCAUAAGUAGACACUGGUUUGGUGCUGGAGAUAAUGAAUAUGAGGUUAGAAAGUUGUGAAGUUGCCCUUUAAUAGUAGGCUAAUUCGAUUGAAAUCGCCUGCUUCAAAUGUAACAACCCACUAUAUGCAACUUGCAUAUAGAGUCUAUGUAGAUUCUAUUCUAUAAGUAUCUAUCCACAAUCUCCUGAUGGUAAAAUAUUUACGUUAGGAUAAAUGUUGCCUCUAGCAAAAUGGUUCCAAUAAUUUACAGAGUGGAUCCGUAAGCUAUGAGGGUGGCAAAGGGGGAGUGAUGAUUACUUUCCAAGCGUGUUGUUAUGAUCAUGCUUUCCAAUCCAUUCAGAUUCACACCAGUACCUAUGGGUCAGUGGUAGGAGUCUAUUUGAAAUUAGCACCUGUUGCCUUUGUGACUGACAAGUCCCCCGACCUGGGUCAUGUUCAUUAGGGCAGCGGUUCCCAACUCCAGUCUUCGAGUACCCCCAACAGUACACAUUUUUAUUGUAGCCCCCGGACAAGCACACCUGAUUCAACUUGUCAACUAAUCAUCAGGCCCUCAAUGAGUUGAAUCAGGUGAGUUUGUCCAGGGCUACAAGAAAAAUGUGUGCUGUUGGGUGUACUCGACGACCAGAGUUGGGAACCACUGCAUUAGGGCAUGCAACAGAAAACAGAAAAAAAAGACAGUUUUGCAAUGGAAAACAAAAAUACACGUUUUCUCAUUGGACAAGUCCAGGUAGUCCCUCCCUGUUUCAGCCCGUUUCCUUCCGUUUGGUGCCUAAUGAACACACCCCUAUUUUAGGACUUGUACUAGGUUGAAGAUACCCAGGUUAGGACAAGCUUUUGAAAAUAAACAAACUGAUGGGACCAGCAUUGCGUAAUAGCAUCGCUGCUCUCAUUGUUUCGAAUUCUUCCUCAUUUAUGCAAAGAGUUAUGGGAUAUUAGAAUCCCGGUGUUAAGCUUUGUUACGUUCAACCUAGGACUCGUACAGGAAGCAGGUGGUGAUUGACGGAGAGACGUGUCUGCUGGACAUCCUGGACACAGCAGGUCAGGAGGAGUACAGCGCCAUGAGGGACCAGUACAUGAGGACAGGGGAGGGCUUCCUCUGUGUGUUCGCCAUCAACAACAUCAAGUCCUUUGAGGACGUUCACCUGUACAGGUACUGACUGUCUGUCACAGUGACUGCUGUCCUACACCUGGAGUGUGUUCAUUAGUCACAGACCGUAGUGAAAUGUUUGGCCUGUUUGCGAAACGUUUUGUAAUGGAAACCGUUUACUCUAGGAAGCAAACAGAACAAAACGGGGAGGGACCUACUUGAAUUUGUCCAAUAGAAACUCUAGUUUUUGUUGCAAAGCGGUUUCCGUUUGGAGUAAACUAUUUCUGAUCAUUUGAACCAUGUCGGUUCCCGUCCGGCCGGGCGUACAUGGAAGAACUGUUGUCACCUAAUUUACAACGGAGAUGAGGCUUUGGAAUUGAAAGUAGAUUUAGAUGUUUAUUUCAUGUCCAUUUGUUUGACACAUGACUCUCUCUCUCUGUCCUAUUCUUCCUUUCCACUUCUCCCUCCUUUUUUCUCCCUCUCCCCCCCCUCCACAGAGAACAGAUCAACAGAGUGAAGGACAGUGACAGUGUGCCUAUGGUGCUGGUGGGGAACAAGAGUGACCUGGGGAGUCGCAGCGUGGAGAGCAGGCAGGCCCAGGAGCUGGCCCGCGGCUACGGUGUGCCUUUCGUGGAGACCUCCGCCAAAACCAGACAGGUGGGUUUUACAGCCAGGGGAACUACACAGGGGUGUAGUAGGAAUGUACCAGCUACACUGGAAGCAUAACCUUUGAGCAGCACUUGAACCACUUUAUCAAAUGUUCACAGGUGGGAAUCUUGAAAAUGGAACCAGAGUGUAAAUGUACACUGAGCAGCGCUAGCCUCUCUCUCUACUCCUACUUCUCUCACUCUGCAGAAAUGAUAGGUCCAUGUAGCAGGUCUGUUGGGCCUCAAACUGGACAAGGGAGGGAAGAGGAGAUGCUAGACCAUUGAGAUGGCCCCCUGUGUUGUCCUGACAGACUCCUAGAGCCCCCUGUGUUGUCCUGACAGACUCCUAGAGCCCCCUGUGUUGUCCUGACAGACUCCUAGAGCCCCCUGUGUUGUCCUGACAGACUCCUAGAGCCCCCUGUGUUGUCCUGACAGACUCCUAGAGCCCCCUGUGUUGUCCUGACAGACUCCUAGAGCCCCCUGUGUUGUCCUGACAGACUCCUAGAGCCCCCUGUGUUGUCCUGACAGACUCCUAGAGCCCCCUGUGUUGUCCUGACAGACUCCUAGAGCCCCCUGUGAUGUCCUAUAGCCCCUGUGUUGUCCUGACAGACUCCUAUGUCUUAAAGGCUAAUGUGUGUUUUGUGUAAAUGAUUUGAAUAAACUCUUCAACUGACUCACCAAAGGUAUUGGGUAACAUGACACAUUUGUACACUGCAGUCAUGACAGUAUCUAUGAGGGCACAAAUGGGAUAACUUUUGUUAUUGGAUACAUUCAGGUAGCACUAUCCUAUUCUACUCUGAACAUUUGCUCUGUUUUUGAGUACUGAAGGCGACCCAGCUGCAUUCAAUCACUCUACAUGUGAGUGUAAACUUUCUCCAUUCUUUCAUUCUGUCUUCCAGGGAGUGGAGGAGGCGUUCUACUCUCUAGUCAGGGAGAUCAGGAGGUAUAAGGAAACCAACCGCAGCAACAAGAAGAGCAAGAAAAGCACUCAGAGACGUUGCACCAUUCUAUAACACCACACACACUGCACAUAGCCCUAUAACCCCUUCACACACAGCAGUUCCUUUACGACAUGGGAGACGUCACCUCUCGUAUUGACAGUGGAUCCGGAAUGGUGAACGCAUCAAGUUCCACUUUCUGUCAUUAGUGUCGUCGCUGUAGUAACGGAAACUUCACUUCCUGUUGCUUGUCAUUGGCUGCUCCAUUAGUAUUGUGACUUCAGUUUAUCCAUGUUGUUUUUUGACAGUUGUAACAAGAAACUAGAUGUUGUAGCGUUGAGGGGAUUUAUAGACUGGGUUUAAAGCCACCAUAUUUGGGAUGUCUUCGGUUGGUUUAAAUAUGAACGUCACUUUACUGCCCCUAGUGGUAAACGUCUCUUAGGGAGGUAAUUCAUUCAUUGAUUAAUUAAUGGCCCAAGUCACAUAGCUACACAUUCCAAAUGAUCAUCUUGUUUCUUUUUUCACCAUGGGGGGGGGAAAAAAAGCAAUUUUGGUCUUUGCCAACAUGUGUUCUGCAUUGUAAGAAGCCAGUGUAGGCUAGCUAUUCAUGCAUUCCAAGUUAGUUUUCUCUUCAAUAUUUACACACAGAAGUGGCUAUCUCUGUUACUGUCUGUUAAACGCCUCCGCAGGGUUGUAACAGAGAAGGUAUUUUGGUCCUCACUAGCCUCACCAAUCUCUCGUUUUCUGUAUAUAUAUAUUUUUAUCCAAUCACUGAAAGUCGAAGGCCACCGCUCUCUAUUGUGUCAUUAGGCAGCGUUUACACAGGCAGCCCAAUU